GUGCACGAAUGAAAACGCAACGCAUGUUUAAAUAAAUUGAAAUACAACGGUAAAUCGCAUAAAAAAUAAAAUAAUUUAACAAAGAUAGUGAAAUCUCAAGAAUAAUAAAAUUUGUGGUUAAACCUCAAUUUCAAAGUGCUCAACUACUAGCGAAGGAAUCAACAACUAAAUUUUGGAGACUUUUUUUGAAGUUGCAAAAUGCAGACCGUUAUCAAAAAUCCCAAUUGGUGGCGUAGACGUACCACACUGGAAAGAUGCCUAACCUUGGUCUCGAUUUUUGCCUGCAUUGCUGUUGUUGGUCUUGUUGUGGGUUUGACUUUUGUUUUGCUUUCAAAUCAAAUGGCUGAAGAACUUUCGCCCAAUACUCCCACGAAUUUACCAUUACAUGGAUCAACGUAUAAACCAACACAAAAUCAAGUACCCACAACGCCCAACAAAUAUGAUGAGCAUAGCAAAAAUACGGAUACGGAUGUGUGCUUAAGCGCAGAAUGCAUUCACACAGCAUCGGCAGUUUUGAAUAAAAUGAAGCCAGAAAUUGAACCCUGCGAUGAUUUCUAUCGCUUUGCAUGUGGCACAUACAUUGAGGAGACGAAUAUUCCGGAUGAUAAGGUGGCCGUAAAUACUUUCUCCUUAAUAUCGGAUAAAUUGCAAGAGCAACUUAAGGAUAUUGUGGCCGAAAAACGUCCUGAAACGGAUCCCAAACAUUUCAGAUUGCCAAAUGCCUUGUACAGGGCUUGCAUGAACAAAACCUUGAUUGAGUCAAUGGGAGCCAAACCCAUACAAGAUAUUGCUGCAGGCUUAGGCGGUUGGCCUGUAAUUGUUGGCGAUUCUUGGAACAGUGACAAUACAUGGACCUGGCAAGAAACUGUUAAGAAAUUCCGUCGCUUGGGAUUCAGCAUGGAUUAUAUUGUAGACUUCUCCAUUGGAGUGGACUUGAAGAACAGCACAAAACGUAUUAUUGAUCUGGAUCAGUCGUCUAUUGGUUUGAGCCGCGAGUACCUGAUCAAGGGUUUUAAUGAGACCCUUGUUAAGGCCUACUAUGAAUAUAUGGUGGAUAUGGCUGUACUCUUUGGAGCUGACAAGGAUAGGGCCACCAAGGAAUUGGCAGAAUCCUUGCAAUUCGAAAUGAAUUUGGCUAAUAUCUCUUGGUCCAAUGAACAGAGACGUGACUCGAACCAAUUGUACAAUUUACGUUCCAUUAAACAAGUCCAGGAAGCCUACCCCUAUGUCCAAUGGUUAGACUACAUUAAGGCUUUGCUGCCCAAGGCUCUCAGUGAGGAUGUCACUGAGGAGGAGAUUAUCAAUGUCUCGGUGCCCAGUUUCAUGGACAAGUUGGGUGAAUUACUGAAUAAAACCGAAAAUCGUAUCAUAGCCAAUUAUAUGAUGUGGCGCAUUCAUGCCUUCUCGGUGGCAUUCUUAACCGAAGAUUUCCGCAAGAGACAAUUGCAAUAUGCCACCGCUUUGACAGGACGUCAAGAGCAGGAGGCCCGCUGGAAGGAGUGUGUGGAUAUUGCUUCGGGAAGGCCUUCUGGUCCAGAAAAUGAUCUUCGUUUAGCCAUCUCUGUGGGUUCGCUGUACGUGCGCAAAUACUUCAAGGAGGACUCCAAGUCCAAUGCUUUGGAAAUGGUCAAUAAUAUACGCGAUGUAUUCCACAAUAUACUGGAUACAGUGUCCUGGAUGGAUGACACGACCAAGGAGGAAGCCAAAAGAAAAUUAAAACACAUGACCACACACAUCGGCUAUCCCGAUGAAAUGUUGGACAAUGAAAAGUUGGAGGAGUAUUAUCGCAAAUUGGACAUUGAUGCCGAUAAGUAUUUUGAAUCCUUCCUGAAGAUGAAUGUCUUUGGAACGGAUUAUUCUUUCAAUAAAUUGAGAUUGCCUGUGAACAAAACCGAUUGGAUUCGUCAUGCCCGCCCAGCUGUGGUCAAUGCCUUCUAUUCGGCCAUAGAAAAUAGUAUACAAUUCCCCGCUGGCAUUUUGCAAGGACACUUCUUCAAUGCCCACCGUCCUAAAUACAUGAAUUAUGGUGCCAUUGGCUAUGUUAUUGGUCAUGAGAUUACCCAUGGUUUCGAUGACCAGGGCCGCACCUUUGAUCUGGAGGGUAAUCUGUUGGACUGGUGGCAAUCGGAUACUCAAAAAGCCUAUUUGGAAAAGGCCAAAUGUAUUAUUGAACAAUACAGCAACUAUACUGAUAGACAAACUGGAAUGAAUCUUAACGGCAUAAACACCCAAGGUGAAAAUAUUGCCGAUAAUGGUGGCAUUAAGGAAUCCUACAUUGCCUACAAGAAGUGGAAGGAUCAAAAUGGAGAAGAACAAAAAUUGCCUGGACUAAAUUAUUCACCAGAGCAAAUGUUUUGGAUAUCAGCUGCCCAGACCUGGUGUGCUGUCUACAGAACUGAAACUCUUAAAAUGCGUAUUACCACAGGAGUCCAUUCACCCAACGAAUUCCGUGUCUUGGGUUCGAUGAGCAACAUGAAGGACUUUUCACGAGAUUUCCAAUGCCCCGAGGGAUCUCCAAUGAAUCCGCUUAAGAAAUGUGAAGUGUGGUAAUCUGAAGACCAUAGCUUCCACUCUCAUCACCCAAAAACAUACACAGAAAUGUCAAAGAGGUUUCUAACAUAUUUUUUGUAAUGUUGUCGCCUUUGUUUUUUCUCUCUCCCUACCUAAUCACUACUUUCAGUCUCUAUUUUGCUAAUAUUAUUUGAAGUAGUUUUAAGUGCAAGCUUGUUUUUAGUUUAAUAACUUCAUGGUCCCCCUAUGUUAUUUUUUUAUGUUUUUUAUCCCAUAUAUCAUUUUUUUUUUUGGUUUUUUUUUAUUUAAAAAUAUUUUGUGCAAUAUUUUUACAUAUUAUUUUGUAGAAUGCACAAUGAGUGUCGUAUAUGCAUGUACAAUGUAAUUUUUAAUCAAAAUAUUAAGUAAAACUUUUAUAUGUUAAUUAACAUUUCCCCCACCCCUUUUUCGAUGAAUGCCAAACAAACAAAAAAAAAAAACAAAAACUUUGA